AUCCCGCGACGCUGUGGUUGGCUUGGCAACGGUUAUAGCUAAAAAUCGACUAUAUUUCUCCAAGACCUCUGCACAGAAGAAUUGUUGCGUAUUACCGUCGAAACUGCGGUCAUUUUUUUCCACCAAACAUCGCCGAAGACCACAGGCUUUGUUGUGUGAGCUGCUUAUGAUGAUUGAGUCCUCUCCAAGUUCUUUGGGUGCAAAAGUUGUCCUCGCUGCAUCCAGUGAUGAGAACCACCCGCCAGAAAACAUCAUUGACGGAAACACGAAGACGUUUUGGAUGUCCACCGGGAUGUUUCCCCAAGAGUUUGUCAUUCGCUUUGCUGAACCCACCACGAUUGCUGCUGUGACAGUGGACAGCUACAAUGUCAAGCAUCUAAAGAUAGAAAAGAAUAUGUCACAAAAUGCGUCUCAGUUUGAGCCUGUUACAGAGAAAGAAUUUGAAUACACUGAGGGACAUCUUCAGUCAAAUGCUAUUUCACUAAAUGGCAGCAGUGCAACCCAUCUUCGUUUUAUCAUCACUUCAGGAUACGAUCACUUUGUCUCAGUGCACAGAGUGAGUGUAAAAAACUGACGCACUCAUUUGUAAUUGUUGCAAAUUAAAUCCUUAUAAUGUGUCUGUAUACAUGUUUUGUGGCAUCAUUUCAUCAUUUUAAUCAUAAAUAAAUCCAAUUAUAUGCUGUUUUGAUAAGAGA